UUCCCGGGGCGAGCUCGCUAGGGUUUCUGUAGGGUCGCUGUCAAUAGCGCCCUGUGACAGGGCCCGGGCCUGCCGGAGCCGGACCCCCGGCCGCAGGGGGCGCUCUCGGGAGCGGAGCCAGCUCCGGCCGGCGGUGGCGCCGCCUCUUCGUCCCGCUCGCUCCGCCGGCUCCUCGGCGAGCGGCCCAGGAAGUGUCCGGCGAGGGGGCGCUGCUAGGCCUGGCUCCGGCCGCAGUGAAAGGACUAUGGCAUCAGAGCAAACCAAGGAUGAGGUGCCUGUUCCUGAGAAAUCCACUGCAGGCCAGCAGGCCCCACGAGAAUCAGACCCAUACAAAGAAUUCGACAAUUUGCCUGUGAGCAUAAGUGACCUUUCUAUACAAGAAAAUGAGAGUGAUCCCCUAUCAUUGGAAGCUGCCGAUCAUAGCCAACCAAUAACAAGUGAGAGUACAGGAGAUGCUCAUUCAGGAGGAGCAGAAAGAGAUCCUGGGAUAUUGCCGACCGAUGCAUCACUGCUGGCUGCAGAAAACAAAGGAGAAGAACCUAUGCCCAGAGCAGUAGGACACUCUGGUGCUGUUUCCAGAGAGACGCAGGCGUGUUCCUCAAAUGAAGAGCUGUAUCAAUCUGAUUCAGAGGGUUCAGACAGUGCGGUGGAAGAAGAGAGAACCUUGCUGCAUGGGGAAAAUCUGCAAACAGUUUCUCUGCACUUCCAGGUUGAUGUCCAUGCAGAACAGCAACAUGCUACCAAUAAUUGCUCUGAAGGUGAACUGGAAGCGUCACACUUGCAUCAGGCCAGAGGGGAUGGGGGUCUGGAGCUGGAUAGUAAACCCCUGGAGGUGCCACCAAAUGGGGAGAAUGGGAUUGAAAACAGCAGAGUUGCGCAGGACUCAGAUCAGGAAGCUUCAUCCCAGAAGCCCUCUCAGAACAUUGCAGUGCAGACUGACUUCAAGACUGCUGAUCUGGAGGUGAACACAGAUCAAGAUAUUGAAAAGAACUUGGGCAAAAUGAUGUCUGAAAGGGCCUUGUUGAAGGAACGUUACCAGGAAGUGCUAGACAAACAGAGGCAGGUGGAGAAUCAACUCCAGGUGCAGCUCAAGCAGCUCCAGCAACGAAGGGAAGAAGAGAUGAAGAAUCACCAGGAGAUCCUGAAGGCCAUUCAGGAUGUGACGAUCAAACGAGAAGAGACCAAGAAGAAGAUGGAGAAAGAGAAGAAAGAAUUCUUGCAAAAGGAGCAGGAUCUGAAAGCCGAAAUUGAGAAGCUCUGCCAGAAAGGCAGAAGGUUACUGAAAGAACAGGAGGAGAAGGAAAAUAAAAUUGUUUCUCUAAUCGCAGAGCAGUCUGAUGAAAAGGAGGUUUGGGAGAUGGAACUAGAUAAGCUGAAGAACCAGCACAAUGAGAUCAAUAGGAACAUCUUGGAGGAAACAGAAAGGGCUUGGAAAGCAGAGAUAUUGUCCUUGGAGAGCCGGAAGGAGCUGCUGGUUCUGAAACUAGAAGAAGCCGAAAAAGAGGCGGAGCUACACCUCACCUACCUCAAGUCAGCGCCACCCACGCUGGAGACCAUACGACCCAAGCAGGAGUGGGAAAUGAGGCUGAACAGGAUACGAAUGACCAAAGAAAGUGUCCGGGACCAGUUCAAUGGUCACAUCCAGCUGGUGAGGAAUGGAGCAAAGCUGAGUAGCCUGCCACAGAUCCCAACCCCCGCCCUGCCCCCACCCCCGUCAGAGACAGAGUUCAUGAUGCCGGCAUUUCAGCCCAAUCCAUCCCUUACCCCCAGGCUCCCGUUCCCCAUUGGGCCGGUCCCAGUUCCCAUGCUCAUGCCCAGUGCUGACCCUCGGGCGCUCUCCUUCCCGCUCCUGAACCCUGUCAUCUCCAGGCCUAAUCAGCCCUCACCCCCUCUGCCUGCUUCCCAAGGGAGGAACAGCCCUGUAUUGGCAUCUCUUGUCAGCACCCACAGCCCUCACAUGACAUCUGCUGCCUCUAUCCCGCCUCCGCCAGGGCUCGGAGGAGUCAAAGGUGCUCAUGAGUUUCACAGGCCACAGCCGGUCGAUAAGCUGGAAAAGAUCCUGGAGAAGCUCUUGGCUCGAUUUCCCCAGUGUAACAAGGCCCAGCUGACGAACAUACUGCAGCAGAUCAAGACAGCGAGGAGAACCAUGGCAGGGCUGACCAUGGAAGAGCUGAAUCAGCUGGUAGCAGCGAAGCUGGCCGAGCAUCAGGGCGCAGCCGUGGGCGCUCAGCCACUUGGCCGAAUCAGGGCCCCCAUGUUUCCUGCUCCUCUGCCCCAGAUCAGCACCCCUAUGUUCCUGCCACCGGCUCAGGUGUCUUACCCAGGGACACCGUCACAUGCCCCCGCUACCUGUAAGCUGUGUCUAAUGUGCCAGAAACUCGUGCAGCCCAGCGAGCUCCACCCGAUGGCCUGUUCUCACGUGCUCCACAAGGAGUGCAUCAAAUUCUGGGCCCAAACCAACACAAAUGACACUUGCCCCUUUUGUCCAAGUCCUAAAUGAUAGCCACUCAAACAACGCAUCUGUGUUGGAGACGUCGCUGUGAAUAGGCAGAAUCGGUUCUGAGAUUUCUACAGUUCUAUAUUUAUACAACCAUGUAUACACAUGUACAUUUUUAUUAUAUAGGUAAUGUGUGUAUAGAAAGUCUGU